GGGAUGUCCGCUGUGGGGAUGGGUGGGGUGAACAGCACAGCCAGAGGCGGGCUGGGUCAGGUCACUGUCUGUGGGAGGGCCGCGUCAGAACAGCGCCGGGCGGCAGAGCAGACGGAGUUCGAGGAAGGGGAUCGAGGACAGUGCCGUCCGCCAUGGAUCCGGACCGGCGCGGCUCGGACCCGCUGGUGACCGAGCUGCGGCCGCUGCUGGCCGGCUCCCCGCCGCCGACCUCCGGCGACUCCCCGGCCCCGCUGCGCGCUGCCCACCUGCUGUACGAGGCGCUGGUGGCCCGCGACCUGCCGCGCUUCUCCGUCCUGCUGACGGCCCACUCGGGCCGGCCGGCCGUGCUGGACCACUGUCACGGGGACGGCUUCACCUGUCUGCAGUACGCCUGUGAGCAGCGGCUGGAGGAUUUCGUGGACGCCCUGCUGUCGGCCGGCGCUGACCCGUCUGUGGCCAGCCCGACCACCGGCCGGACGGCGCUGCACUGGGCGGCCGCGCGGGACGCCGCGUCCAUCACCGCCCGGCUGCUGCGCGGGGCGCCCCAGCCGGAGGUGAACGCUGAGGACGCGGCCGGCGCCACCCCCCUGCGGCUGGCGGUGCUGAGCGGUGGCUGGUCGGCCGCGCUGGAGCUGCUCAGAGCCGGCGCCGACGUCAGUGUGCGCUCCGACUCGGGCCGGCCGCUGCUGCACUCGAUCCCCGCCGAGAUCCUGGAGGAGUUCCUCGACAGCUGCGUCUACAGUAACGGCCGCUACGUCACCGACCGCGACUGCUGUAUCCGGCUCGACUACCGGCUCAUGUUCCCGCGUCUGCCGGCGGGACGGACGGUGUUUGAGACCGCGGCGCUGUUCCAUUUGUCCACCUCUCGCGAGCACAGACACCUGCUGAGGCACCCGCUGGUGGAGAGCUUCGUCGACCUGAAAUGGUGGCAGGUUCGGCCGUUCUUCCUGGCUGAUUUGGUCUACUACGUGCUGUUUCUGUCUCUGCUGACGACUCUGGUGGUUCUCCGUGCCGAGGAAGGGCCGAUGUCGACUGGCUCGCGUCUCCAAGGCCUCCGGUGGGCCACGCUAGCUGUCACAAUCCCCUCAAUGAUCACAAAGCUCGUCCAGCUGACGGCGGCGCCCACCCGCUACUCGCUGAGUGACCGGAACGGUCUGCUGAAGAUCCCGCUGCUCCUGAUGACACCCGUAUACCUGGGAGCGGACCUGGAGCGCGGCCAGAUGCUGCAGCUGUCCGCCAUGAUGAUGCUGUUUGCCUGGCUGGAGCUGUUUGCACUGCUCAGUCGUGUGCCCGUGUUCUCCAUCUAUGCACGGAUGCUGCAGACAGUACUCUGGCGGUUCGUUUCGUUCGUGUUCUGGUAUAUGGCGCUGAUUCUCGGUCUCACGCUCAGCACUUACAUCAUGUUCAAAGAGCGGAGCAGCACCCGGCGCCACCCGGUUGUGGCCUUCCUGCGUCCGUUCGUCAUGACGAUGGACAAGGUGGAUCUCAAGUCACUACCGAUUGACAACGACGCCUCGCUGCAACAGCUGCUCUUCAUUGCGCUGUUCUUCGUCAUGACGGUGACGCUGACGAACCUGGUGAACGGCCUGGCCGUCACAGACAUCGCCGUCAUGCGGAAACACGCGCGCAUCUUCAGCCUGGUGAGCCGGGUGCACCUGCUGGCCUACACCGAGUCGAUGAUGCUGGACGAGCCGUGUGAGUUUCUCGGGCAGCGGCGCUGCGGGGCGGCCUGGUGCGUCUCCGGCCGGCCGCGCGGCCGCUCCUGUCGGCCCGGGUCCUCUCAGUGGCCAGUGCCGCUCUGCUGGGUGCGCGGCGCCCGCUCCUGGCUGGCGCGGGCCAUCCGGCUGCGUCUGCGACUGCCCGAGGGUCGGCUGUGCCUGUACCCGAACCGCUGUGGAUUGGAGAAGGCGCUGCGGCGCGGCCGUCCCCCUCCCACGGAGCCGGCGCUGCCGCGCUGCUGGCGGUUCAGCACGGAGCUGGUGGCGGCCGCGCGGCGGCUGGCGCUGCAGCCGACACCGCGCGCGGCCUGGCGGUCCGCCUCUCACGGCUGGAGAGUCGCCUGAGCGGCCAGCCCGAUCACGGGCCGUGAGCGGCGGCACGGGAAACGACUCACGGGCCGUGACUGGUGAGACGACACGGCCGUGAGCGGCGGGACGAGACACAUACCGACGUUUUGGUGUGUUCAUCCGUCAUGACUUGUCUGAGAAACGAUGUUCAGCACUGGAGUUCCAAACAGCUCCCUAAUUGCUACCUAUUUAUGUGUGGCUGUUGGUAUAUAUUUUUUACAGCGUUUGCAUGGUUGGUGGUCUGUUAUUUUGCGCAAUAAAUGGAUUUUCAAAGAAA